GAGGCCGUGGGGGAGGGUCCCGCGCUCCCGCCGGCCCGAGCCCGCGAGCGAGACCCUGGCGGCGGCCGCGGCGCCUGCCACUCGGCGCCUCCUGCGGCGCUCCGGGGCGGCAUGUCCGAGAGCGGCGGGGCCGCGGCGGGCGGCGGCGGCGGCGGGGUCGGAGCCGGGGCCGGGCUCGGGGCGCUGCCCCCGCCGCCCCCCGCGCCCCCCGCCGCGCCCCCCCAGGGCUCCCCGUGCACCGCCGCCGCCGCCGCCGCCGGGGGCUCGGCCGCCUGCGGACCGGCGACGGCGGUGGCGGCGGCGGGCACGGCCGAGGGACCGGGAGGCGGCGGCUCGGCCCGGAUCGCGGUGAAGAAGGCGCAACUGCGCUCCGCGCCGCGGGCCAAGAAACUGGAGAAACUCGGCGUGUACUCCGCCUGCAAGGCGGAGGAGUCUUGUAAAUGCAAUGGCUGGAAAAACCCCAACCCUUCUCCCACUCCCCCCAGAGCCGACCUCCAGCAGAUCAUUGUCAGUCUGACAGAAUCCUGCCGGAGCUGUAGCCAUGCCCUAGCUGCUCAUGUUUCCCACUUGGAGAAUGUGUCCGAGGAAGAAAUGAAUAGACUCCUGGGAAUAGUGUUGGAUGUCGAAUAUCUCUUUACCUGUGUCCAUAAGGAAGAAGAUGCUGAUACCAAACAAGUUUAUUUCUACUUAUUCAAGCUCUUGAGAAAGUCUAUUUUACAGAGAGGAAAACCUGUGGUUGAAGGCUCUUUGGAGAAGAAACCUCCCUUUGAAAAACCUAGUAUCGAACAGGGUGUGAAUAACUUUGUACAGUACAAAUUUAGUCACCUGCCAUCCAAAGAAAGGCAAACAAUAGUGGAGCUGGCAAAAAUGUUCUUAAACCGCAUCAACUACUGGCAUCUGGAGGCACCAUCUCAACGAAGACUGCGAUCACCCAAUGAUGAUAUUUCUGGAUACAAAGAGAACUACACAAGGUGGCUGUGUUACUGCAAUGUGCCACAGUUCUGUGACAGUCUACCUCGGUAUGAAACCACCCAGGUCUUUGGGAGAACACUGCUUCGCUCUGUCUUCACUGUUAUGCGGCGGCAGCUCCUGGAACAAGCAAGACAGGAAAAAGACAAACUGCCCCUGGAGAAACGAACUCUAAUCCUCACCCAUUUCCCAAAGUUUCUAUCCAUGUUAGAAGAAGAAGUGUAUAGUCAAAACUCUCCCAUCUGGGAUCAGGAUUUUCUCUCAGCGUCUUCCAGAACCAGCCAGCUAGGAAUCCAAACAGUUAUCAGUCCACCCCCUGUGGCUGGGACUAUUACAUACAACUCAAAUUCGUCUUCCAUUGAGCAACUGAAUGGAGGUAGCCCUAGUCCUUCCUGCAAAACUUCUUCUGGGCUUGAGGCAAACCCAGGAGAAAAGAGGAAAAUGAAUGACUGUCAUGUUCCGGAGGAGGUCAAGAAACCCCGAGUUAUGGGGGAUAUUCCGAUGGAAUUAAUCAAUGAGGUCAUGUCUACCAUCACGGACCCUGCAGCCAUGCUCGGACCAGAGACGAAUUUUCUGUCUGCACAUUCGGCUCGGGAUGAGGCAGCGAGGCUGGAGGAACGCAGAGGUGUGAUUGAAUUUCACGUGGUUGGCAAUUCCCUCAACCAGAAACCCAACAAGAAGAUCUUGAUGUGGCUUGUCGGCCUGCAGAACGUGUUCUCCCAUCAGCUACCCCGGAUGCCCAAAGAAUACAUCACGCGGCUGGUCUUUGAUCCGAAACACAAAACUCUUGCUUUAAUUAAAGAUGGCCGUGUUAUUGGUGGAAUCUGUUUCCGUAUGUUUCCAUCCCAAGGAUUCACAGAGAUUGUUUUCUGUGCUGUAACCUCGAAUGAACAAGUCAAGGGCUAUGGAACACACCUGAUGAAUCAUUUGAAGGAGUAUCAUAUAAAACAUGACAUUUUGAACUUCCUCACUUACGCAGAUGAAUAUGCCAUUGGAUAUUUCAAGAAGCAGGGUUUCUCCAAGGAAAUUAAAAUACCUAAAAUCAAAUAUGUUGGCUACAUCAAGGAUUAUGAAGGAGCCACGUUAAUGGGAUGUGAGCUCAACCCACAGAUCCCCUACACAGAAUUCUCUGUCAUCAUUAAGAAGCAGAAGGAGAUCAUCAAGAAGCUGAUAGAGAGAAAACAAGCUCAGAUUCGAAAAGUGUAUCCUGGACUUUCAUGCUUUAAAGAUGGAGUCCGACAGAUUCCAAUAGAAAGCAUUCCUGGAAUUAGAGAGACAGGCUGGAAACCGAGUGGAAAAGAGAAAAGUAAAGAGCCCAAAGACCCUGACCAGCUUUACAGCACCCUCAAAAGCAUCCUCCAGCAGGUGAAGAGCCAUCAAAGCGCUUGGCCCUUCAUGGAACCAGUGAAGAGAACGGAAGCUCCGGGAUAUUAUGAAGUGAUAAGGUUCCCCAUGGAUCUGAAAACCAUGAGUGAACGCCUCAAGAAUAGGUACUAUGUGUCUAAGAAAUUAUUCAUGGCAGACUUACAGCGGGUUUUUACCAACUGCAAAGAAUACAACCCCCCUGAGAGUGAAUACUACAAAUGUGCCAACAUCCUGGAGAAAUUCUUCUUCAGUAAAAUUAAGGAAGCUGGAUUAAUUGACAAGUGAUUCUUUUCCCUCUGCUUCUUAGAAACUCAUCAAGCAGUGUGCCUAAAGCAAGGUGGUUUAGUUUUACAAAGAAUUGGACAUAAUGUAUUGAAGAUACUUAUAAAUGUAAUAAUUAGCACUUUUGAAAAACAAACAAAAACCUCUUAACUUUUCAGAUAUGUAUUUAAAUUGAAGUCAUAGAACAUUUUUAUUUUAUGGAAUAGACUUUAAUCUAUUUACUAUUAAUGUUCAUUUUCUAUGGCAUGUCCAUUAGUUGAAUAUUCAGUAAUAGGUGGUCAGGGGUUUCCGCAAAACCCUUAUGUGAGGAAAUUGCACAUAGUACCAAGAUUUGGGGGAAUUCAGAAAAUAUUCAGACCGUGAAUGUUUCCAUUUUUUCCUAAUGGAAUGUGAGAGUUUAUGUUUAUUUUAUUCUGGAGGACUAUAAGGAAGGGAGACCGGAUUAAAACAACCCAUAAAAGGUGAAGUAUGUGAUGCUUGAAGUCACAUUAUAGACUUAAUAUAUUUUUUUAAAAAAACACUCAUCUAGAUGAGGUGCUUUGAGCAGUUCUGAAAAAUGCAGUGCCAGAAGAGCAACUGCUUGGAUUCCUAAGAAAGGCCUUCUAAAUAAUGCAAAACUUUUUAAAUAAGCAUUUGGGGUUUUGAUAAUUCUAUCUAUUAUAACAGACUUGUGAGUGCAUAACCACUAUUUUAAUAAUUAUUUUCUCUACACAAAGGUGUAUGACUAUAUUUGACUUUGCUUAUGCAGGCCAUAAGUUUUAAACUGUACUGUCCUGGGCCACAAAACUGUUUCACAUCUCAACGGUGUGACUUUGAAAACACUUGAUUGGGUCAACAUACUUUAAUAGAAAACGAUCUAUAAUGUCUUUAUAAACGAAGUUUGGUAAAUCCUUUUUCUAAUAAACAAGGAUGCAUCUUCCCCCAACUCUCAGCCCCCCCCCCUUUUUUUUUGUGAUACACUCAACCCCGCAGAUAAUGUAUAUUUACAAACUCCAGGCUAUGUUCAUUGUAUGAGGUGAAUUACCAUCAAGAGCUUUACUCAUUAGUAUUUUAACACCUACACUGGUAUAUAGGUUCAGGGUAUUUUCCCACUAAAAUUUAUCAUACAACCAUAUUAACUGUCUUGGAAUUUCAGCUUAGUUCUUAGAUGUCUUCCCAAUAAACACUACAUUAAAAAGUGUGAGAUUUGCCAUUCCAACUCUGGGAGAGUCAACCAGUGAAAAACAAAACAAAGGCCAUCUUUAUGGCCUUGACACUAACUUUUGUGACACAAAUUUAUAAACUGAUUUUUGUAAAGGACUAGGUUUUAAAAGCAUAUUUAACUGGAUGUUUUCUACCAGCAUAAGUAAAGCAUCAUCGAAUAGUUGUUUAAAACAGUUGCCAGAGAUAAUCUGCACAAAGGAAAAAACCCAGCAAAUGGCUAUUUGAAGUGUUGAAGUGUUGUUUUGACAUGUUAGGGAUAUUCAGAAUGCUCACAAUGAAGAAUGCCUCAGCUUCCUUAAGUAUAAGAAACCGCCAUGAGUGGCAUCUAGAUUUCUAAUGAAGAAUGAUGAUACAGUUUGGAUGAAGUAUCAUGGACUGAUUCAAAUAGUGCUUUGUACUGGAUCUGCUGAAACAUCAGUCCAGUUUGGUAUCCUGUGAAAGUUUGUUAUUUUCUGGGUAGACAUUCUUAUAGAGUAUUGUCUUUAAAAUCAGAUGGUCUCUUCUAUAUUGAAAGCAUUUUUAUGUUUUCUAAUUUAAAAAUUAAUAUUUUCUUAUAGAUAUUGUGCAAUAAAGCUCAAGUAGGCUGUGUGGUUUUUGCAGAUGCUUUAACAACUGAUAAAAUUUUACAUUUGUAAAAUUAAUAUAUUGUACUGGUACAAAAUAGUUUUAAAUUAUAUUUUAAAAACCUCUCGA